UAUGUAUAUGGAAAGUUCAAAAUCAUCAUAUAAUAAUCCAGAAAUAGAAAAGAAAAAAGGGAGGUUAAUGAUGAUUUUAAAAUCUUUUAUACCAGGGAAUCUAAUAUCCUUAUACAUGACGAUAAUCAAUUCGGUCGUUAUGGUCGGACUCUAUUAUGGAUUUCUGACCACACUAUCCAUAGGUCCCUCUUAUAUCUUCCUUCUACGAGCUCGGUUUAUGGAAGAAGGAGAAGAAGGAACCGAGAAGAGAGUAUCAGCAACAACUGGGUUUAUUGCAGGCCAGCUCAUGAUGUUCAUAUCAAUCUACUAUGUACCUCUGCAUUUAGCAUUGGGUAAACCUCAUACAAUAACUGUCCUAGCUCUACCGUAUCUUUUGUUUCAUUUCUUCUGGAACAAUCACAAAGACUUUUUUGAUCAUAGACGUCCUACCAGAAAUUCAAUGCGUAAUCUUAGCAUUCAAUGUGUAUUCCUGAAUAAUCUCAUUAUUCAAUUAUUCAACCAUUUCAUUUUACCAAGUUCAAUGUUAGCCAGAUUAGUCAACAUCUAUAUGUUUCGAUGCAACAACAAUAUGUUAUUUGUAACAAGUAGUUUUGUUGGUUGGUUAAUUGGUCAUAUUUUAUUGAUGAAAUGGGUUGGGUUGGUAUUAGUCUGGAUACAACAAAAUAAUUUAAUUAGGUCUAAUGUACUUAUUCGAUCUAAUAAGUAUCUUGUAUCAGAAUUUAGAAAUUCUAUGGCUCGAAUCUUUAGUAUUCUGUUAUUUAUUACCUGUGUUUACUAUUUAGGCAGAAUACCGUCACCCAUUCUAACUAAGAAACUGAAAGGAAUUUCCGAACCGGAAGAAGUGGGGGAAAGUGAGGAAGAAAGAAACAUAGAAAUAGAAACUAUUUCCGAGGGGGGAGGGGCUAACCAGAAACAGGGGACCGAAGAAAAUACUUCUUCUUCCCUUUUUUCGGAGGAAGAGGUGGAUCCGAGCAAAAUCGACGAAACAGAAAAGCUACGAGUGACUGGAAAGAAAAAAAAAAAAUAAAGGGCGAAUUCCACUUUCGUUUUAAAGAGACAUACUAUAAAAAUAGACCGGUUUAUGAAACUUCUUAUCUGGAUGGGAAUCAAGAAAGUUCGAAGUUAGAAAUAUUAAAAAAAAAAGAAGAUAAAUAUUUAUUAUGGAUUGAAAAACCUCUUGUGACACUUCUUUUUGAUUCUAAACGAUGGAAUCGACCUUUGCGAUAUAUAAAAAAUGACCGGGUUGAAAAUGCUAUAAAAAAUGAAAUGUCACAAUAUUUUUUUUAUACAUGUCAAAGUGAUGGAAAAGAAAAAAUAUCUUUUACGUAUCCACCCAGUUUAGCAACUUUUGGGGAAAUGAUACAAAAAAAAAUAUAUUUUUUCACACCAGAAAAAUGGUUUUCUGAUGAAUUGUAUACUGAUUGGAGUUUUAUCAAUGAACUAAAAAGAAGAAAUUUGAGUAAGGAGUUUAUAAAAAGAGUCGAAUCUUUAGAUAAGGAAUCUUUUGAUCUGGGCAUACUUGAAAAAAGGACUCGAUUCUCUAAUAAUGAAACUAAACGAGAAUACUUGCCUAAACUAUAUGAUCCUUUCUUGCAUGGACCCUACCGCGGAAGAAUCAAAAAAUGGGGUUCCCUUUAAGCAUAAAUCAAACUUAUAAAAAAAACACGGAUCCAUUUUGGAUAAAUAAGAUUCAUGCUCUACUUCUUACUACUGAUUAUCACGACCUUGAACAGACACUAGAUACACUCAAUAUAAAAUCAUUAGCAACAGAAAAGAACUCUCUUUAUUGACAUUGACAGAAGAUGAACAGGGAAAUAUCGAUUCCGAGGAUCGAGUCAAAAUUUUGAAAUUUUUAUUCAAUAUAGUUAUAACUAAUCCCAACAAUCAAACAAUUAGAAAAAAAUCUAUUGGAAUAAAAGAAAUAAGUAAAAAAGUUCCUCGAUGGUCAUACAAAUUAAUCGACGAUUUAGAACAACAGGAGGGAGAAAACGAGGAAAAUGUAACAGCAGAGCAUGAAAUUCGUUCAAGAAAAUCCAAGCGCGUCGUGAUUUUUACUAAUAACCAGGCAAACGCCGAUACUUAUACUAAUACCAAGGAUGCUAAUGAUCCUGAUCAAACAGACGAAGUGGCUUUGAUACGCUAUUCGCAACAAUCGGAUUUUCGGCGCGACAUAAUAAAGGGUUCCAUGCGUGCCCAAAGGCGUAAAACAAUUACUUGGGAGCUGUUUCAAGCAAAUGUACAUUCCCCCCUUUUUUUGGACAGAGUAGACAAACCACUCUUUUUUUCUUUUGAUAUUUCUGGACCGCUGAAACGAAUAUCUCGAAAUUGGAUAUGUAAAAACAAAGAAUCAAAAAUUUCUGAUUAUACAGAAAAAAAGAUCGAGAAAAAAGACGAGGCCAAAAGAGAAAAAUACAAAAGAGAAGAGAAAAUGAGGAUAGAAAUAGCAGAAGCUUGGGAUAGUCUUUUACUUGCUCAAGUAAUAAGGGGCUCCGUGUUAAUAACCCAAUCAAUUCUUAGAAAAUAUAUUAUAUUACCUUCACUGAUAAUAGUUAAAAACAUUGCCCGUAUGUUAUUAUUUCAAUUUCCUGAGUGGUCUGAGGAUUUAACGGAUUGGAAUCGAGAAAUGCAUGUUAAAUGCACUUAUAAUGGUGUUCAAUUAUCCGAAACAGAAUUUCCAAAAAACUGGUUAACAGACGGUAUUCAGAUAAAGAUCCUAUUUCCUUUUUGCCUGAAACCUUGGCACAGAUUUAAACUACAACCCUCUCAUAAAGAUCCAAUGAAAAAAAAGAAAGGUCAAAAGAAUGAUUUUUGCUUUUUAACAGUUUGGGGAAUGGAAACUGAACUACCUUUCGGCUCUCCUCGAAAACGGCGUUCGUUUUUUGAGCCUAUUUUUAAAGAACUAAAAAAAAUUAAAAAAAAUGGAAAACGAAAUGUUUUAUAGCUUUAACAAUUUUAAAAGAAAAAACUAAAUUGUUUCGAAAAGCUUCAAAAGAAACAAAAAAAUGUAUCACUCAAAGCAUUCUAUUUCUAAAAGGAAUAAUAAAAGAACUUUCAAAAAUAAAUCCAAUUCCAUUUUUUGGGUUGAGAGAACCAUAUGAAUUGGGCGAAACUAAAAAGGAUUCGAUAAUCAGUAAUAAGAUGAUUCACAAAUCAUCCCUUCAAAUUCAAUCUAUGGCGUGGACAAAUUAUUCAUUAACCGAAAAAAAAAUAAAAGAUCUGACUAAGAGAACAAACACAAUCAAAAAUCAAAUACAAAAAAUUCUAAUUAUAAAAGACAAGAAAAACGAAUUUCUAACUCAAGAAAUAAAUAGUAGUUCUAACAAAAUAAGUUAUCAGGAUAAAAUAUUAGAAUCAUCAAAAAAAUUUUGGCAAAUAGUAAAAAGAAGAAAUAUUCGAUUAAUCCGGAAAUUCUAUUUUUUUAUAAAUUUUUUCAUUGAAAAGAUAUACAUGGAUAUUCUUCUAUAUAUCAUUAAUAUUCCAAGAACCAAUACCCAACUUUUUCUUGAAUCAACAAAAAAAAUGAUUGAGAACUUCAUUCACAAUAAUGAAGCAAAUCAAGAAAGAAUUAAUAAAACAACUAAAAAUACAACUCAUUUUAUUUCAACUAUAAAAACCUCACUUUCUUCACUUUCUAAUAUUAGUAUUAGAAAUAAAAAUGAAAAAGCUUUUUGUGACUUAUCCUCCCUCUCACAAGCAUAUGUAUUUUACAAAUUAUCACAAACCCAAGUUAUUAGUUUUUAUAAAUUCAAACCUAUCCUUCAAUAUCAUGGAACAUCUCUUUUUCUUAAAAAUGAAAUAAAAGAUUAUUUUGAAGAACGGGGAGUAUCUCAUUCCAGAUUAAGACAUCAUUAUGGGUUAAGACAGAAAAUUGUUUGGCAUUCUGGAAUGAAUGAAUGGAAAAACUGGUUAAGGAGUCGUUAUCAAUACGAUUUAGUUCAGAAUAGAUGGCUAAAAUUAGGACCAGGACAAUGGCGAAAUAGAGUCAAUCAACACUAUCUGGCUCAAAAUAAACAUUUAACAAAAUGGGAUUCAGAUGAAAAAGAAAGAUUAAUUCAUUACGAAAAAAAAUGAUUUUCAAGCGAACUCAUUACUAACUCAAGAAUAUAAACUGAAUCAAGAACAAAAAUAUAAAAAAUCUAAUUUUAAAAAACACUAUGGAUAUGAUUUUUUAUCAUAUAAAUCUAUUAAUUAUCAAGAUAAGAGGGACCCGUAUGCUUAUGGAUCACCAUUCCAAGUAAAUAAGAGGGAAGAGAGUUCUUAUCAUUACAACAUGGAUAAACAAAAUUUUUUUGAUACACUGAGGGAUAUCCCCAUCCAUAAUUAUCUAGGAGAAGGCGAUAUCCUAGAUGCUAUGGGGAAUUUUUCGCACAGAAAGUUUUUUAAUUGGAGAAUUCUUGAUUUUUGUCUUAGAAAUAAGGUCGAUAUUGAGUCCUGGGUCGAUACCAGUACCAAGAGUAAGAAAAAUAUUAAGACUGUGGUUAAGAAUUAUCAAAUAAUUGAUAAAAUGGACCUUUUUUAUUUCACAAUUUAUCAAGAUCAAGAAAGCAACCCAUCCAAUAAAAAAGGAAGCCAUUUUGAUUGGAUGGGACUGAAUGAAGAAAUACUAAGUCAUCCUAUACCGAAUCUAGAACUUUGGUUCUUCCCAGAAUUUGUGCUGCUAUAUAAUGCAUAUAAGGUUAAACCAUGGAUCAUACCAAUAAAAUUACUUCUUUUCAAUUUUAAUGGAAAUAGGAACAUUAAUAAAAUAUUAUUGAAAAUAAAAAAAGGGACUCCCUUAUAGCACCAAACGAAAAACAAAUUAUUGGAUUAGAGAAUCGAAAUCAAGAAGAAAAAGAACCCAUAGGUGAAGGGGGUCUUGUAUCAGAUGCACAAAAACAAGGAAAUUUUAAAUCCGUUCUCUCAAACCAAGAAAAAGA